UUACGCCUCUGGUGAAGUUUUUGAAGGCUGUUUUCAAGAUAACAUGCGUCAUGGUCAUGGUCUCCUACGAAGUGGAAAGUUGACUUCAUCUUCUCCCAGUAUGUUCAUUGGCCAGUGGGUAAUGGAUAAGAAAUCAGGAUACGGUGUCUUUGAUGAUAUCACUAGAGGGGAGAAGUACAUGGGCAUGUGGCAAGAUGAUGUAUGUCAAGGGAAUGGUGUGGUAGUUACCCAGUUUGGAUUAUACUAUGAAGGCAACUUCCACCUUAAUAAAAUGAUGGGAAAUGGAGUUUUACUUUCUGAAGAUGAUACUAUCUAUGAGGGAGAAUUUUCAGAUGAUUGGACCCUGAGUGGAAAGGGAACAUUGACUAUGCCAAAUGGAGACUACAUUGAAGGUUAUUUUAGUGGAGAAUGGGGAUCUGGGAUAAAAAUCACUGGAACGUACUUUAAGCCUAGUCUGUAUGAGAGUGAUAAAGACAGACCUAAAGUUUUCAGGAAGCUUGGAAACCUGGCAGUGCCGGCUGAUGAGAAGUGGAAAGCAGUGUUUGAUGAAUGUUGGCAUCAGCUUGGCUGUGAGAACCCAGGCCAAGGGGAAGUUUGGAAAGCGUGGGACAAUAUUGCUGUGGCCCUGACUACCAGUCGGCGCCAACACAGAGACAGUCCAGAAAUAUUAAGUCGUUCACAGACUCAGACACUAGAGAGUUUGGAAUUCAUUCCUCAGCAUGUUGGUGCCUUCUCUGUGGAGAAAUAUGAUGACAUCAAGAAAUAUUUAAUAAAGGCCUGCGACACUCCUCUGCACCCACUGGGCAGGCUCGUGGAGACACUGGUUGCAGUGUAUAGAAUGACAUAUGUGGGUGUGGGAGCCAACCGCCGGCUGCUACAGGAGGCUGUGAAGGAGAUUACGUCCUACCUGAAGCGAAUUUUCCAGCUGGUGAGGUUCUUAUUUCCUGAGCUUCCUGAAGAGGGCAGUACAAUUCCUCUCUCUGCUCCUCUGCCAACUGAAAGAAAAUCCUUUUGCACUGGGAAGUCAGAUUCCAGAUCUGAAUCACCAGAGCCAGGUUACGUGGUAACAGGUUCUGGUUUACUGCUUCCUGUGCUCCUACCUCGGCUUUACCCACCGUUGUUCAUGCUUUAUGCCCUGGAUAAUGAUCGUGAGGAGGAUGUUUACUGGGAAUGUGUUCUCCGACUAAAUAAGCAGGCAGACAUUGCUCUUUUGGGCUUCCUCGGGGUGCAGAGGAAAUUUUGGCCAGUGACCUUGUCAGUCCUUGGAGAGAGUAAAAAGGUUUUGCCAACCACAAAAGAUGCUUGUUUUGCCUCAGCUGUAGAAUGUCUACAGCAGAUCAGCACAACAUUUACCCCAUCAGACAAACUUAAAGUCAUCCAGCAGACUUUUGAAGAGAUCUCUCAGAGUGUCCUGGCAUCACUUCAGGAAGACUUCUUGUGGUCCAUGGAUGAUUUGUUUCCUGUUUUCUUAUAUGUGGUGCUACGGGCCAGGAUUAGGAAUUUAGGCUCUGAAGUACACCUCAUCGAGGAUCUCAUGGACCCAUAUCUUCAGCAUGGGGAACAGGGUAUAAUGUUCACCACUUUGAAGGCAUGUUACUACCAGAUCCAGCGUGAGAAGCUUAACUAGGCUGCAUAACAGCUUGACAACUGGAUUAUCUAUUCAAAGUGUUUUAGCACCAUCUGGCAUCUUCCUGUAGUGGCAAAAAAGAACAGUGUUGAAAUUAGGAGGUUGUAUUAUUUUGGUUGUUAUUUCUGAGCCUUGCUAAUGAUCGGAGCUCUGAGCCCAGAAUAAAAGACUGUAUAAAGGGAGGAUUGAAAAGGAGGUAGAAAUCAGAUUAGACCAGUCCCUGGCCUGUGUUAAGUUCCCCAAAUGUCAUACAUCUGCUGUUGGAAAAAAGAGGACCCUUCCUACAGUAAAGAGUAUGCCAGCUCAUGAAGUUGUAAGAAAAAAUUCUCAGUAUAGCUUCUUACGUUAAAGAGGUUGCUGAAUAUUUUUGAGUUUCUGGUUUGCCUGCAGUUACCCCGGACCCCUUUGCAAGAAGCAGAUUGUACUUGAAACUAUAGUAGCCACACUAUGCCUUCCACAAUUCCUCGCAGUCAUGUGUGCACCAUUCUUCUUUGCUGAGGGAGGGGAAAGAGGAACUUUUAAACUAAAAUUUUAACUUUUUCUAAGCUUUCCCACCAGGGUAUUCAUGAUGGGAGAGGUUCUAUGCAGUUACUUCUACCAUACCCUGACCCCAGACCUGGAGCACAUCCAAAUAGGAGUCUUCUGCCUCCCGACUAGAAAGAACAUAGGAAUUUUGUUCUUGGAUUCCUGACAAUGCUACAGAGUGAACACACUGGAAUUCAGACACUGACUCCGAGCUGCUGCAGAACCUCAUUCAUCUGUGUGCAAAUGCUGUAUUCCGGGGCCUGUGAAUGAGAGCCUGAAGAGCUUUUGCAUGCAGGCUGUGUUUUGAAGCAGAACUAGAGACUGGAAAAUACAGAAGCAAAGAACUGCAUCCAUCCUUGACCUAGUGUUGUGGUUCUUCCCUGCACCUUGCACUGAACUCACAGAGGAGAAGGAAGAGGAAACUCGCUUUGGCUUCUCCCAUCUCAAAAGUGUUGUGACACCUCAACCUUUUAGCGUUUUGCUUUUUUUUUUUUUUAAUGUCCUAUUGUAAGUGUUUGGUUUACACUGUACAAGUAACACUAGUAGCUGUUCUGGAUUACAUAGGUGCUCUUCGCCAUCUCAUCUCCUACACACCAGGGUGAGCGUACAGAGUGUCCUCCUCCUGCUUUGUGUUAAUAUCUACAGAUGUUAAUCGAUUUUGGAAAAGGAUCAUGGUUUCUGCUCUACUUUAUAAUCAAGACAAGUGUUUAGUAAAAUAAUGUUUUGGAAUGUUGGCUGUAAUGUGACAGCAAUUUUCAUAAUAAAAGACAUUCAUGUUUAUGAGGUUGUUUAUGAUUACAAAAGAAAUGACACAGGGCAAACUAAAAAUUUAAAAGACGUCCAAGUUUAGUUUUUGGGGGGAGGGGAGUUGCCUGCAUUGUAAUCUGUGCCUCUUUGUACGGCCUCAGAGAUCCCACUGGGGUUUUAGACAUCUCUCUCUUUAAAAUAAACAUAAACUUACAGCACCUUUGCUGACAAAGAACAAAUUAACUUUCUGACCCUAAUAAACUGAGGUCAAGGGACUUAAAAGAAAUGGUACUAUUAUUUCUUUGAAUCAAAGACAUAUUUUGAUAGUUA